CUGCCGCAGAGCGCGGCUGUAACGUAGAGAAAGUCAGUCCGACGUUGGCGCCGCAACAGACAUACGUGGUAGAACGUGCCUCCUUGCAAAAGCCGCCCUUCUCCCCCCCUGGUCGUCUAUCUCACCCACCGAGUCGGAUACCACCCGUGACACUCUUCGUCUAUUAAUCUCGCGGGGGAUUCGAAGGGAGGAAAAAGAAAAGAAAGGAAAUCGGCGCGAGUAUCGUGCCGAUUACGUCCGCGAAUUGAAGUUUGCAAGGAACACUCUCGGCAGAAGGGGAGGGUACAGUUGUUCGCGCGCGCCCCAGAUCCGUUCCAAUGAGGGAUCGAGAUUGAUCCUCCGUCGUAUCAAUUGAGGGAGUGGACCAGGUAUCCGGGGGUAUUUUACCCAGUGAUCGACGAGGGAUCGAGAGGGUCUUCGAGCAAAACCGAGGAAAACGGAAAUCGGUGCACGCAGUGCCUUUUUCUUUCGUUUUUCGUUUCGCGCGGGCCAUCGUCUCAGGGGUCCCGCCCCUUCCGGGUGGUUCCCUCCGUCAGACCGGAAGCUUGGGUCCCGCGUAGACGCUCCAAAGUGGCUGAGUGAAUCUUCCUCGCCAUCGCGGGUACACGUCCUCAUUUUUCCUCGCCAGACGUCUCGGCCACAGCAUGCUUUCAUCCCCGAGGGCUUUCCCGCCGAUUCUCGCCGUGGCGCUUGUCGUCUGCAUCGGUGUCGCACAUGGUAUUAGAUGUUACAAAUGCGGACAGUACAACGAGGGAGUCGGCAGCAUUACACCGUGCAUUAAUAACACCGCACACAUGCUGAUAGACUGUUCAGCCUCGGACGAAUGGUGCAUCAAAUACGUCAGCGAAGGAUCGAUAGUGCGGGACUGCGUGCCGCACUGCGUGGAGAAAGAGGCCUGGAGCACGAGGACGUACUGCUGCCAGCAGGACGGUUGCAAUUCCGGCCCUUCGUUGGUAGCAUCGAGCAGCACGUGCUUCGCCCUGGCGAUCACGCUGGCGGUCCUCGUGGUAUGCCGAAGCCUUCGUGGCUAAUACGUCGUCCUGGAAGACGGAGGAUCCGUACCACGAGCGUCACACGGAGCCCCAUAGGCCCUUCAAUCACGAAAACAGGAAGGGACGAGGAGGAGAACGUUGCAUCUUGUACUUGACGUUUGCGCCGGAACGAUCGAGGCUUCCUACGAGCGGAUGUCGCAAAGACGUCGCCGAGAGUCGUCCUCUUUGAUCCCCCAGUCCUUUCCAAAAGUCGAGUUAGAUUGUACAGUAUUGUUUAUAACGAGAUGCAGAUCUUGCUGUUGUUGAUGCGUGCUUUCUACUUUCUGAUCUCAUCCAAUGUUUAAUCAUAAAGUAUUUAAACAAAGUUAGAUUCAGAUUGAUAAUUGAUGAAUGAGUAUGCGCUUGGAUAUCGAUAUGCUUGGAAAAAGAUUGCUCGAUUUUUGUCAACUGCGAAAGCAUUGUCAUUGGUGGUGGAUAUUAUGUUAAUAUGCAUUAUUCACCUGUUGCUUUCGUCAACUGACGCGAUGAUCAAUUUCUGUUUAUUAUUAGUAAAUGCUCGGACAAUGUAAAUUAGUUUUGUGAGUUAAUAAAUUGUCCAAAGUGCAUUUGAUUUACUGUGCAAACGUAUUAUUCAAAUACAUAGUUUUCUCGUACAACUUGCUACUUGAUAUACACUCUCUCCCCAACAUUCGUUAUCUUCAGUUUUCUAUUAGAAUCAAAACAAAGGAAAAAUUAAAUCCAUGGCCAAAAAUGCUGAUUAUUCUAUUUGCUAAAAAUUCACAUAUUAUACAGUUUUGUUAUUAAUAUUUUUUAAUAUUUUAUAAUAUUGUUAACAAUAUUAAAGAGAAAUUAAUGUAAUUUCUCGAUUAAAAAAUUAAUUUAAAUGACGUAUGAAUAAUCGGUUUGUCACAUCAUAAGCAGAGUCUUGAGUUUUAUUCUUUAAUAAAAUGUCACGAGCAACAUCGAUUCGCAUCUUGUAUCUAACGCGGUGGUGGUAUCCACGUUACAAUCAUCAGUCGAGUCAAUCCAAUUCAACAGGAAAUGGAGAACGUACUUGCUUAACUCGGCCGAGUUAAGCGACGCGGAGGAAUCGGCUCGUUAACUCUGCGACGCGUUAUCGCGUUAACUUCCUCCUCGCUAUUAUCAUAAAUUCGCACGUUCCCGCAUACUUUUCGCGGAUCGUCUGCUCUCGAUGGAAAAGUUCCAGCGAUCCAGGGUUUGAUUGAAACUUUGUUUGGCGAGUUUCGUUCUAAAUUCAGAUCUCGUUUAUCGGCGAGCGAGGUGAUAUUUACACUCGCACAUCGCGCAACAUUAUCAUCAUUAUUAAGAAAUCAUUAUUAUCAACAAGAUUUUUACUUAUUAAAUAUUAUAUUUAUUAAAUAUUAUACAAUUUCAUCAUUUUAUCUCUCAGCUCACUUUUUUUUAUAUUGGAAGAAAAAACAGGAAUUUUAAGGAUUUUGAGGAUUUGGACUUUGCGCUCGACGGUGUCAGAAGAUAGACACCCGGUAAUGAAAGAAUCGAAACGACAUUUAACAACUGCACGCUCCGCCACGAUUCGCGCACGACAAAAAGCUGCAAAAUAAUCGCCAUCAUCUAUCGCGUUUAUCCGCUUUCACAGCAGCUUUCGUGCGAUCUGCAGAGGCGCGUUUGCGCAAGACUUCUCGUGCGCAAUGUGCAAUCUGGCGUUUUCCACUUUGCUUUAACCAGAUUGCGAUUUUCUGCGGCAAAAUGCUUCUCUUUUUUUCGGAAUACCCGAAUAUAUUGGUUGUAGGAUAAAAUAGUGUACCGGGCAAAAAGCAAUUGUUAUAUUUUCGUCAAGAAAGGUCCACUCUCUCCCUUCCUAAUGGUAGAAAAAUUCGAACGAGAGAUGAGAACAACAUCCCCUGUGUAUGUUGCCUGUAUCACGAUUUUUUUCUUCAAACUUUCGCCGGUCAGCCUUCUGUCGGGGGAUAGCAUUCUGUCGGCCUUCGGUAGCGGAUUGAAUUUAUUCAAAAAGUUUCGGCGUCCCAUUUUUCGCCGGGCGUUUUAUCGACGCUUCUUCCGUCCAACCGCCGCUGUUCCGGUCUCGUACAUGCGAGUUUAAUAAUAUCGAGACGGCCAGCGUGUUGGCGGAUCGAAAAAGAGUACACGAGCCGAUAUAUCAAUAUUUCGGACAACGUCUCGCACGACGUAUUCAAGUUUUAAUAUAAAUGUUUCGGCGCGUCACGCGCCUGUUGUCACGCUUUUCCAAGCUGCACCGCGCUUAAAACGCUACUCAAUGUUUCAUUGUCGAAGCUCGCGUGAUUCUUCGAGAUUCCCUGAUAGAAUCGCGCCAAUGAAAAUUCAUCGACAUCUUGGAACGCAUGAGAUACCUUCAACUCGACGGAAAAUAAUCUUACGGAAGAAAGCGAGACGAUCUCAUACAUAUUGAACAAUCUCUGAAAAGCAGGCUUUGCAACUCGUUUAGAUUCUGCCACAUUUUUUAGAAUAUUCUGAAUUCUUUUUAAAGGAUGAAGUGCUGAAAAUGCGAAAAUGCGAGAAGAGCCAGGACAACUAAAGUUGCCGGUGCGCUUAAAUGGGUUAUUGAUGCCCGAAGGCGGCAAAAUGCCAAUAUUGUUCGUGAACGUUGUUUCUUCAUGAGUAUCUUUUUAAAACAGUUAAUCUCCGAUGAUCCUUUUUGACGUUGAAACGGUAUUAUCGAUUGUGCCAUGUGUCCAUAUACAUGAUAUCCCGCUUUCUCUAUUAUGUUCGCGGUAUAAUGAUGAAAAGAGUUUGACCUUUCGCGAGCUUUUACAUUAUUCUUGCAAAGCCGACUGUCGUGUAUUUAAACGAUAAGCUUUAUUACAUCAAAAAGAGAAAGCACGCAAUAAAGAAGGAUUUACUCGUCUGCUUCUUGCACCGUCUUGUAAAAUCUUACCAUUUAUCAUGCGCAUAACGGAAUAUUUCCCGAACGCGUGCACGAGGAAGCAACACGCCGAGUUUAUAUAUUAUAUAUAAAAAAAAGAAAAUCACAAAAAAGAGAUAAAUUAUAUCAAUAUAUACUGAUAAAUCCGGAAUUGUGCAUGUAUUAUUAGCCUAGUGAAAACACAUCAAGUUCCACCUCUAAUUUUUCCGAGAAAUCGAGUGUUUUAAAAGUCUCUUGUUCUCUUGUCUCGUGCACGUUUUAACUUUUCGCAUUUAUACCUAUUUCUUGUCACUAAACGCUUCCACGUGCUACUACUAAAUCUCUUCCACUACUCGAAUCGAUACGAAAAUAUCACGCGGCCGAAAUACGUUUUCUAUCCACAUAGAAAUCCUGAUUCACUUUGGCCUAACGGCAAUAGGAUUCGGCGUCCCGACAUAUCCCGUUUCUCCAGGACGACGUCUUGGGACAGAUGUUUAGCCGCUUACCGACUCGCGAUGAGACGAAAGAGAGCAUCGACAGCUCGAUCGGGAGGAAACCACAGCGACGUUCUCCGUGUGAAAGCCGGUGUAUCGAUACAUUGGACCAUAAUCGUUGUCAACGACACGCGUUACCAAAAAGAUCGAGCGUUAAAAGCUGAUACAGCAAUGGAAUCGGCGACAGCAACAACGCGGGCAAAAAUGUUGCUUCUGUCGCUCGACAUCUCCUAGCCGUAAGACACAGAAAACGCGAGAUAAAGAGGAUGGUUAAAUAAAUAAAUAAAUAAAUAUAAAUAACGUGAAUAAAUACUUACAUACAGAUAACAUUUAACAGAGGAACAGUGAGGCUAACAAUAAUGAUGUUAUUACUACUACUAUUACUACUACUAUUGCUACUAAAAUAAUUACUAUUAUAUUACUAUGAACUACUGUGUAUCACACACCGAGUACAUAUACAUAUGGUAGUUACGAAAAAGAGAGAAAAAGAGAGAGAGAGAGAGAGAGAGAGAGCGGUUAGACAGAAACGCGAGAAAGCGGAGUUGUCGAUUAUUAUGUAACUGCUUAAAGUAGCCUUAUAAAUUGUAAUUAAAGCGCGGAUAAUCUACGUCUAGGCGACCGGGUGGCGCGAGGGAACGUAAUCUGUCCAUGUCUUGCGUCUCGAAUUCUCGCACUCCGACUCUUAGAUAGUCUUGUCUAAUUAAUUUGGCGUCAGAGCGUGGACUCUCCUGCAUUUUUUCGAUCCAUCGGAAUUUGCUUUGUGAUUUCUAUCUACCGGAAAACCUGGAAUUUGCGGAACGUUGGAGAUCCACGCGGCGCCAGGAUUCCAGGUGAUCAUUAUUGGACUCCCUUAAUUUUCCUGCUCGAUAUUACACCGAGAUUAACGACAUUCGAAACUGUGCUCACGUUGCACUCGCUCAUGCACUCAUUUUUCAUCCGCCAGUUAUUAGUGAAAUGAAAGAUCCACGUCCAGUUUCUCUUGCACCACCCGGUACACACAUCAGCGUAUAUUGGAUCAUGUGAGCAGGUAGGCAAGAAACUAAUAAGAAAAUUCCUAAAAAGUAGCGAAUUCAUCUUAAGGAUAAGCGACCGAUCGCGAGUAGCGGACGGGCUUUGUCGCCUUGUCCGCAAAAGGCAGCGUUCUAACAAUAGCAGCCCGACAACGCGAGCGUUCGCGAAACAUCGUGAAGAUGUAUUCGACGGUCACAGGAUACUCGAACUAUUAUCUGUAUAGUCAAUAAACCGCCUCGUGAUUAAAGCGAAUAACGAGUAACGAUUAGUCGGCUGCUCGUCGCGCAAAACGAAUACUAAAUAUUUUUAUUCGCACAUAUAACGAGUGACGAGUAAUUUUGUUCGUUGUUCGUUGUUCACACGUCGCAAGUACCUUCGUAUUCGAGGCCGUCUUCCGGUCGUGUCUGAAAGACGACGUUUCCCGGACACUCGCGUCGCCCGGGAAUGAAUUAUCUAUUCCCACAGUUUAGAGAGACAGACAAUUUAUCUAAAGUUAGCACGAGAGUUUAGAAUAAUGUUAAACGCUAAUCUAUUUCCCGUCUCGGACGUCGGCCAAUCUAAGCGUCGAUUGUUAUUGUUGGAGGUGCGCUUCGAGGUAGCCGGCUGCAGUUUGGAAUUAAUCGUUGACGGAGCGCUGACUCGCAUCAACUUAGUAUAAUUAACGCAGGAUCGAUAAUCACUCACCCCCUAUUCCUAUGGCGAUUAAUACUCUGAUCGCAAAAUCUCACACGCGCGAUUAGACGCCUUCCGCGGGAUUACGAUUGAGAUCGCGUCGCUGGAUUACGAUCGAGAGACUUCUAGUCGUCGAUUUAAUUCAGCAGCUGCUGAAUCGGCAAUCUGUUUAACGCCAAUACGUCUUGCUUAAGUCUUGUUUGAUAUACUUUUGUAAAGUAAGAAGCAUCAAUACCCGAAUCGAUCACUGUCGCGCCAGCGGAACGACGCUCGCCGAUUAGUCUUGAAAUAUUAAGACUGGAAUUUAAGUUGCCGCGAUAUUUCUGUUUCGACAUCUCGCGUUAUUUCUCGCGUAUUUUUUUAUUUAUUUUCUUGUACACUAGAUGUUGCACUAGAAGCUUCAUGUGCACACGUAUACUUAUUAUUUAGCUAUGAUUAUAUUUGAGUUUAAUCUGUACAGAAACGUUGAUCGUCAUUCCUGAUUGCAGUCCCAAAACGAAAGUCUGCACCUGGUAAAAAAAGAUACUCCAACAAAUAUCAUGUGAACGUUAAUAUAUUAUAGAUUAUAUAGAUUACCCAAGAUUGGCUGAUACUGGCCGGCUUUUUGAAUAUCGAAUACCUCGAAUCUCAUCGCGCUCCAGAACACUGUAGAAAUAAAGAAACGUAUCACGUACACACCACCGGAGAAAACUAUACAGACGCGCUGACAGGACGCACAGAAACCUCUCGGACGUUCACAUCGUAAGGAUUCGUAGGUGAUUUCCUAGUACUUAAGAUUUUAUUAAUAUCGCGAAGGGAACGCUCGAUAAUAACUCUUCGUCGUUGCGAGUUCUAUCAGCUUCUGCCGGCAAUAAGAUUGUGCGAAAGUAUCGCUAUCGGAUCACUCGGUCCUCCACUGACGACCUCUUGAUGAGAGAUAAAUACUUGUGCAGCGAAUUGCAUUGACAUUGCCGAAUAUUUCCGGUACUUCAAACUGAUGCCGAGUUGAUGAAUGAUUACUGCAAUCGUUUAUUUUAGCGCACAAGUGAAACUGUUUCAUCAAGUGGCUUGCUGCAACAUUGAAGAGAAAACAUUAUGAAGUGAGUGUACGUACACAAAAUGAAAAGUUAAUAAAGCACUGAGAUACAAUUAUUAAGCCGAGUGAUUUGUGCGCGAUAAUUAUUAGAGUUAUAUAUAUAUAUAUAUAUUAUACACACAUACAUACACAUACAUACAUGCACGCAUACACACAUCGCCUAUAAACACACAUAUGUUAUAUAUUUAAAAAAUUACGUCAUAUAUAUAUAUAUAUUAUAUUAUAAUAUAUAUAUUAUAUUAUAUUAUUUAGUUACAUAAGCAGAAUCUCAUAUGUAUGACGAGUUGUACAUUUAUAUUAGACACACACAGACGCAAUAAUAAAAAUUAUACCC